GCAAAAAGAGUAAAUUUACUUUUUAAUCCUCACCGACCGUACGGACUAGGUAGGAGGAAACCCGAAAUCUGUUGACUCUGUUCCCGGCCUCCAUUUACGGUCUGGGCUGUAUGCCCUCUCUUUUUCUCUGAACCUCUCUGCUUCUCCGCCUUCUCUCUCCCUCCGAUUCCUCCCUUACGGUUCUUCUCAGGUUUGUUCCUGUAGUUGUUGAAGCAUACUAUAUUGUCUUUCAAUUAAUUAAGAAAUGCCAAGUGCUGGAAUGUGGCUACAAAAUAUUUGAUUUUUGACUUCGUUUAUUAUUAUAUUCGUAGAAUUGAUGAAAUGUUGUUGAGCUCUCUUUGGCAUCAGAUGUCUUAACAUCAUGUAAUUUAUUGUAUUCAAUUUUGGGUGGAAUUGCCACUCCUUUGCAUUAUUAACUAGUUCAGCAAAAUCAGGAGUAAGUAAUUUUUGGAAAGAGAAAGUUGACUAUGGGAACUAAAGCUAUGUUUAAAUGGUCAAAACAAAUCACACCUGCCCAAGUGGAGCGGCUGAUACGAGCAGAAAAGGACGUACAAAAAGCUACUCUCAUAUUUGAUUCAGCGACAGCCGAAUAUUCCAAUGGUUACCGGCAUGAUCACAGCACAUUUGCUCUCAUGAUCUCUAGAUUAGUCUCUGCAAACCAGUUCAGAUCAGCAGAGGCUCUCCUCAAUAGAAUGAAAGAGGAGAAGUGUAACAUUACAGAGGACAUUUUUCUAUCUAUUUGCAGAUCCUAUGGGCGUGUCCAUAGGCCACUUGAUGCCAUCAGGGUUUUCCAGAAGAUGGAAGACUUCCUGAUAAAACCAACCCAAAAAUGCUACAUUACUAUAUUUGCCAUACUUGUUGAAGAAAACCAGUUAAAGUUGGCUUUCAGGUUUUACAGAUACAUGAAAAAAAUGGGUAUUCCACUUUGUGUUGCUUCCCUUAAUAUUUUGAUUAAGGGCCUUUGCAAGAACAGUGGAACUAUGGGUGCAGCUCUUCGGGUGUUCCGAGAGAUGGCCAGUUUUGGCUUUACACCUGAUUCAUAUACUUAUGGUACUUUGAUUAAUGGCUUUUCCAAACUGGGAAAGAUUGUUGAAGCAAAGGAACUAUUCAAGGAGAUGGAGAUGAAAGGUUGUUCUCCCUCUGUUGUUACAUAUACUAACUUGAUACAUGGUUUGUGCCAGUCUAACAAUCUGGAUGAAGCUAUGGCAUUAUUCGAAGAGAUGAAAAGCAAAGGUGUAAGCCCAAAUGUGUUUAGUUAUAGUUCUCUUAUGGAUGGUUUUUGCAAGGGUGGGCGUUCUUCACAAGCAAUGGAACUAUUGCGCAUGAUGGUUAGUGAAUGCCAUUUGCCCAACAUGGUCACUUUUAGUACUCUAAUUUAUGGACUUUGUAAAGAAGGAAAACUUCAGGAGGCUUUGGAAAUUCUUGACAGGAUGAAGCUUCAGGGAUUGAAACCAGAUGCAGGCUUGUAUGGAAAAAUCAUAACUGGAUUCUGUGAUAUUUUUAAGUUCCAGGAAGCUGCAAACCUUAUUGAUGAGAUGGUACUUGGGGGGAUCUCACCAAAUCGAGUUACUUGGAGCCUUCAUACUAGGAUUCAUAGUAGAGUGGCACAAGGUCUUUGUACCAUUGGCAAUGUAAAUCGAGCUUUUCAGUUGUAUCUUAGCAUGCGGACCAGGGGUAUCACGAUUGAUGCCUUCACGUUUGACUCUUUAGUCAAAUGUUUUUGUAAGAAGGGAGACCUGCAUAAAGCUGCUCGAAUUGUUGAUGAGAUGUUGCAUGAUGGAUGUGUUCCAGAUGAGGAAACAUGGAGUUCUGUUGUAAGUGGGUUUUGGGAUCGAAGGAAGGUGAGGGAGGCUGCUGAGUUGUUGCAGGCUGGGCUGAUGAAUGAUUUUGUUGAAGCCUAAAACACUUACUAAAGCUUGAUUUUUGAAGGAGUAAGUGCUAUGUUAUGGGCUUUAUUCUUUUUCAUUCUAUUGGUUGUUUGUUGGAAGCAUGUAUUAGUGGCUAACUAUAUGGGGAUUUGCUUCAUUUUUUAUCUGCAAACACAGGCUUCACAAUGGCUAUCUGUUCAUAGCUCUUCUGCGUAUACAUCUCCCUCUCCUCUCUCUCAAACAUGCAGCAGAACACAUUUUGUGGUCUGGGGAUUUAAUCAUUAUUUACAUAACUUCAAUGGUAGUGACCAUUCAAACUGUUUACCUUCUGGUGUCAUUUUGGUUGAACAAAGUCCUGAACUUGCCUAUUGUCUAGUUUUAGUUAAGCAGAAUAUCGAUUGCUGUCAAACUGAACCAAAUGACUGUAGUUCUGCGUAUGAAGCUUGUUAAAAUUUUAGCCAAAUCAAGUCAACAGCUCUACUUGUGUCCUUCGUAUUAA